CACGGGGUCAGUCACAGCGUGUGGGUGAUGCUGGUAUCUCCCCAAAAGCUGCUGUUGAGGGCUGCUGCUGAGGCUGCUGGUUUAUUGCUCAGAACUGCAGAAAAUUUGGGAAUGUGCCUGUCUUUAAUUCCCCUAUUUUCAGUGUUUUCCCUGGAGUUUUCCACUGGUGCUGCUUUGAGUCCUCACCUGCACAGCCCAGGGGAUUCAGCAGUGCCUGACAGAGUCCCUCACUGCAAACAUCCUUUGGGACAUCCUGCUCUGCCACUGUCCCUGCAGCUGUCCCCACUUCAGCCCCUGUCCUUACCUCACCCUGACCCGACACAGCCACGAGCUCCAGCAGAGCACAGAGCGAGCGGCUCCGCUCCAUCCAGCCGGGACUCUGGAGCUGCGCUAAGGCCUCAUAUCCAGCCUCAUCCUCAAGCCCUGGGUCUCCAAUUCCCGAGUCCUGCCCAAGCCAGAACUUCACCCAUGGGACACAGCAGCCCCCGGAGCAGCUCCAGGAGGAAGCAGCAGGUUAUUUACUGUUAUUACUGUCAGCACAGCAGCUUUAUUUACAGUGUUUUCCAGCUGCAGACGUGCGUGUGUUUGAAGCGGCAGACGGUGACCUGGCACGGUGGUUGGACUGGUUGGACUGGAACCGCCAGGUCCCGGCAGCCCCGGGGACACCGGAUCCUCACCCCGCCAGGAGAUGCUGGCAGGUCGCACCCUCCCACCGGCAGCGUGUGGAAAUGCCUCCCAAGUGAGAAAACAAUUCCCUGUUGUGUCUCCUGACUGCCAGAGCUGCCUGGGAUGUCGGGUUUGUGUUUGACACAGGAAGGCGG